CUUUCAAAGAUCUGCUCGGAUUCGGUCGGCUUCCCUCGGCUCCGCGCGCCCACUGUUCGGUGCAGCGCAGCUCGGCUGUUCGCUGCCCUUCGGCCCCCCCGACCGCCACCGGCUGCGGCCAACGGGAUGCAGGCUGCGGCUGGGAGAGGGACAGCGCCCCAUGUCCUCCUGUGUCCCCUGACAGCCCCGUGAGCCCCUCGGCUCGGCUUCGCUCAGCUCGAUUAGGCUGCGUUCGGCUACGCUCAGUGCCAGCAGACUGCCAAUGGGACUGGCCCUGCGGAGAGCGCUCCUAUUGGCUCAGCGGCGCGGCGCCCAAAGCGCGGCGGUCAGUCAGCGCCGGCAGAGCACGCAGGGGGCGAUACCAGGAGGGAGCUGCUCCAGGUGCAGCCAUACUUUACGAAACGCAUGCGCAGUGGCUUACCAGGGCGCCGCCAUGCUGUACGAACACGCAUGCGCAAUAGCUCUGCAUAGGUGCCGCCAUGCUCUACGGUUACGCAUGCGUACUAGCUCGCCCGGGCGCCGCCAUGCUGUACGGGCACGCAUGCGCAAUAACACCACAUAGGCGCCGCCAUGCUGUACGGACACGCAUGCGCAGUAGCUCUGCACAGGCGCCGCCAUGCUCUACAAUUACGCAUGCGCACUAGCUCGCCCGGGCGCCGCCAUGCUGUACGGGCACGCAUGCGCAAUAACACCACAUAGACGCCGCCAUGCUGCACGGGCACGCAUGCGCAGUAGCUCCGCAGAGGCGCCGCCAUACUGCGCGGUUACGCAUGCGCACUGGUUUGCACGGGCGCCACCAUGCUGUACGGAACGCAUGCGCAGUGGCUCAUACCGCCGCGGCCAUGCUGUGCGGAUACGCAUGCGCCCUGGCUCCUCACGGGGCGGCUCUCUUCGUUUCGGUUGCGCUCGGCUCUGCUCGAGCCACCCCAGACACCCCUGCACACCACGACCCCCGUCCAGAGGAGCAGACAGGUGUCUUCACGUUUGAAGAUGAUGGUAACGACUUGAUGAAUGCGCUGGGGCUUGACAGUGGCCUGAAAGGAGAUGGGCAGCAGAGAAAGAAGGCGGAAGACUUCUUUCCGUGGCUUCUUUCCUCCAUCAUCCCGAUUCCCGUCGUGGGCAGGAUGGCAUCGCCUGCCUUACAGAAGCUGGAGGAGAAGCUGACGUGCUCCAUCUGCCUGGAGGUGUUCAGGGUGCCCGUGACCUUGCCAUGUGGGCACAACUUCUGCAAGCACUGCAUCAGCGGCCACUGGCACAAGGAGGAGCUGGUGCCUACCAGGGCUCAGAGGGGCUACAGCUGCCCCCAGUGCCGCAGGGCCUUCAAGCAGCGCCCGGAGCUGGACAAGAACGUCACCCUGUGCAGCGUCACGGAGCUGGCACGGGAUGGGGAGGUGCAGGUCUUGGGUGACAAGAGGUGCGAGGUGGCCUACAGCGAGCUGUGCCUGCAGCACAGGCGCCCGCUGGAGCUCUACUGCGAGGAUGAGCGGCGGUGUGUCUGCUGCAUCUGUACCGUCCAGCAGUGCCAGGGGCACCAACUGGUGCUCUUAGAGGAGGAGCGCUCUAAAAAGCAGGCCCUUUUGAAAGAGUCCCUGGAAAAAGCCCAGGAGGAAUCAGAGAGGAUGGAGCAGGAGAUGCAGAAGCUGGAAGAGCAAACACACAAUAUCAAGGAGUCCUCAGAGGUGCUCAAAUCAGGGUUACUGAGCAAAUUUGGCCUCCUAAGGGAAGCCCUGGAGAAUUUCCAGUGCCGGACGGUAGCCAGGAUUGAGCAAGAGCAGGCAGCAGCACUGGAGCACGUGGGGGAGAACUGGAGCCUCCUGAAGGACCACCUGGAUGUCCUUGGCCAGCACAGGGAGAGGGCUCAGCGCCUGCUCGCCUGCCCUGACCACAGGACCUUUCUUCAGGAGCUUCCCCUGCUCCUGAUGCCGGAGAGCCUGGAGGCGCGGCGCCCUGUAGAGUUUGAUGUGGCUAAUGUGGUCAAGCCCAUCGCCGAGAUCCUCACCAACAUCGCCAGACUCUUGCAGGUGGAUCUGCAAGGCUCUGUGGCCCCCAAAGCACCUGACCCCACCAGCCAAGGCCCAGUGGAUCCCCAGGAGCUGACAGUGAAGGUGGUCGCCCCUCUCCCUCGUUGCCAUCUCCGAGCUGAGCUUCUGAAGGACCACCGCAACCUGACCUUCGAUCCCAAAACAGCCAACAAGUACCUGGAACUGUCGAAAGGCGACCGGAAAGCCAAGCAUGUCCACAGUGCUGUCUGCGGGUGGCAGGAGCAGGGACCCCGCUUCAAGCCCUGGCAGGUGCUGUGCACACAGGGCUACGGCCACGGCCACCACUACUGGGAGGUGAAGGUCUCGAGCCACUCUGUCAUCCUGGGGGUGACAUACCGUGGGAUACCCUGGGAGUGGAAGCAGGGCCACAAGUUCAACAUUGGGCUGGAUGAGGGCUCGUGGGGGCUGCAGGUGCGGGAGGAUUGCUACCUGGCCUGGCACAAGGGCCAGGCAGAGAAAAUUCAGGAGCAGCUCUACAAGAACCUGGGGGUCCGCCUGGAUUAUGGCAAGGGGCUCCUCUCCUUCUAUGGCCUCGGGGAGAGGACACAGCUCAUCCACUCCUUCCACAACAUCUUCACCGAGCCCCUCUACCCUGUCUUUUGGCUGUGUGAGGGGCGAGCGGUGACACUGUGCCAGAGGGACUGAGUGGUGACACUGUGCUGUGCUGUUGCAUUGGCUGGCCUGGCAAGCCCCAGGCUGGUGCAGUGGCCAAACUGCAGCUGGGGCUGUCAUGGUACAAGUGGGGUGCAGUGUUUUAGCAAGCUUUAAUGAAGGAUAAGCAUGCAAAUUUAACCCACUCUGAUUUGCAUAUGCAGACCACGCUGGUGACACAAGUUAGGGCAGGGGAGAGGAUGCAGGGCUCAUGGCUGUGCCCUUGUUGUGGGGAUUGAGCCCCUGGUUGCUGUGUGGGGGCAUGUGCAAUUGCCUGCCCCUGCAGAUGGAGCAAGGGAGGGGGAGUGGGAGAGUGAAAGAAUUAGGUUUUUCUUGCUUUCCUAUCCUGGCCAAACCUCCCAAGCCUGGAGAAGAUUUGGGGGGUGGAGGAGGGGGUGCUGCAGCCAUGGGGCUGUGGAGCAAUGCAGGGGGAACUCUGUGCUUCCCAAGACCCACAUGCAGGCAGGUGCUGCUCCCCCAUCCCCUUCUGGUCCCCACUUGCUGCUCUCAGAUUUGGCAGAGCAACUUUUUUUUGUGGCGGUGUUCUUUGUACAGAGCUGCUUUACCCAAUAAAGGUCUGUUUUCCUACUGAUUUGACCUCGGUGCUGGUGAGAGCUGAGAGACCAAGCAGUUCUGGUGGGGAGGGGUGAUCUGUGUGCCCCUGCUCCUGCACCCAUCCCUGCAGGGCCCCACCCUGCCCCUCCACAUCCUUGCAGGGCUGGCAGCAGGAACCAGCUGCAUGUAGUGACCAGGCAGUGGCAGAAAUAGAAGGUGCUUUAUCUACAGUAGCACUGUG